CAGAGGCUGGUGUCGAUGGCGUCCACAAUAGUGCAUAGACCGAGACUUCUUAUACUGGAUGAGCCCACAGUUGGUGUCGACUCUAUCCUCAGGCAUAGGAUUUGGACGUAUUUGGAAAAUAUUUGCAAAAAUUAUGGGAUAACAGUAUUAAUUACAACACAUUAUAUCGAAGAGGCGAAGAACGCGUCAAAUGUGGGUUUCGUAAGCAAUGGAUCACUUCUUCGACAAUCAAAUCCACACCAAUUGAUCGAUGAAUACAAUUGUCACACAUUAGAGGAAGUGUUUCUCAAACUAACGCAACAGCACUACAAACAACUCAAAGGGGGCGACAAACAAGUGAAUCAGGGAUCAGCUCGAGUGGUGGACACAACGAUGAAACCGCGAAGACAUUUGUUGCUCAACACUCGUGGCGCCCAUCGGCACAGUUAUGUCGACAUAAGUCACUUGAAAGCCCUGUUUAACAAAAGUUACAUUCAAUUGAAAGGAGUGUACGUAUCGGUGAUAUUGUUUUUUCUAUUACCGGUCAUUACUAUAUACGGGUUCAGUAUAUGUGUCGGUGGAGUACCGCUCAGAGUUCGGGUCGGUUUAUAUACGGGCGCCGACAGAGACACGUAUAAUAUGUCCCAACAAUUUAUACAUUCAAUUAAUGAAUCGCUAUUGAGUCCCACGUAUUACGAGGCAAAACAGGCGGCCAUUGAUUCGGUGAUCGCCGGCAAAAACAUGUUUGCGCUCAUCUAUCCGGACAACUACUCGGAGAAUAUGAGGGCUCGACUGCCCGAUCCUUUCAACGCCGAUAUCGAAGUAUUGAACAAAAGUGUAAUCCGCGAAUACGCCGACCACUCAGACACUAUCACAUCGGUAUACGUCCGGUACCUCUACUUCAUCGACGGUUUACUCAAAUUUAUGCGCAAAAUAGGUGCAGAAGACGGCCUCAAUCCGGUCUCAUUCUCGCUGCCCAUCGAUUGGACAAAACCUCGGAUCGUUCUUCACGUCGGAAACCUAUCCGUCGACAGGAAUACUAUUAAUGAUAAUAUAUAUCUUUCCGAUGAUAUUCUCGGCGUUUCUCAUAUUAACUGA